ACCCAGCCUGCGACACCGUAAUGCUAUUAUGAAUAAUUCAUAUCCACUGACUGUAGGGGGGAGUAUUCCUGGCUUGGGGGAGUGACCAAACCGGGAUUUCCAAAUCGAAAAAAAAAAACAAAAUAACGUCACCACAGAUGGAGGGAGGAGGAGGACAGCUCCGCAGUAAAUAAGUCCGUAUCUCUUCAGUGUCAACACUGUCAGGAAGCAGCAAACCUCUACUUGUAGAAUUUGUGUUCUUAUCUAUCGCAUUAUCACUGCAUCAAUUGCUAAAAGCUGAAGUGAAUCGCUGAGGAGCAAUCUCUUGACACUUCUUGCCUGUCUCUUUACAAACACUUAAACAUAGUAACCAACCGUGAACAGACAGAAUUGAGCAGCAACAGGAACGGCAGCAUGAGCCGGUCCGUGCGCCAAGAGAGCCCCGCCAGAUAUCCCGAAAAGAGGCAAGAACGGCGAGUUGGACCACCUUCUUCCGAGUCCGGGCAUAGUGGUUCAGGUCCGUCGCCGCAACAACAGCAUUUGGAGGGAGUCCUGAGGAAAUACACUAAUCUCCUGCAGGGCUGGCAGAAUAGGUAUUUUGUUCUUGACCACGAGGUUAGCCGGCUUGACUACUAUCGAAAUGAACACAACAAAAGCCAGCGGCCUCCAAGAGGUUCCCUGUCUCUACUCGGAGCACGGGUUGUCUCCGCCGGUGACUUUCCUUACAUGUUUGUUAUUCAGUCGCCGACUGGCGAAGCCUAUAAACUUAGAGCAUCCAAUGCAGCGGAACAGGAGUUAUGGAUGACAAAGCUGCAGCUGUGUUCUCGAUGUCACUCUUACAAUGGGGCUAAGGUGAUGACUGAGGCACAAGGGGAAGAGAAGAUCCCAGCCAACUCCAAUGAAUCUCUACCCCCAAGAGCUGGACCCGUCUCCUCUCUGAAUGAGGACUUACUCUUUUUCAAAGCUACCUCUGCAGCCACGCUGAGCUGCUUGGGAGAGUGCUUCACCUUGCUACACCACAGUAUUCGGGCCCACAACCAAAACCAGAACUAUCAUUCGAUGAGUUUGAGUGAAACACCCUGUGCAGAGAGAGUCAAGUCCUGGAAUCAGCGCUGCAGCUCUAGCGUGCAGCAGGUGGAACCCGGCAGUCUUAAGUCGAGCAAUGAAAGCCCGAUUCACUCCGAUAGUGACAAGCAAAGUCCCAAACACUGUAGCUACACUCGAAGACAGGAGAAGGACCACAACGACAUUCGGAGUCAUGCAGACUGUUCGACUGAAUCGACCAGCUCUCCUCAGAAGCAGAUGAUAAAUGAUGCAUUAAAGCCGGCCAUGUUCAGUCACCGCUCCCAUCGUAUUGAGCAGGGAAAACAGCAGCCCAGCAGCCCGGACAGCCUGGAUCCAAGUGACGAGACCACAGACACAGAAGACAAUGACGAGGAGGACCUGGGAGUUCUUGAUGAGCAGCGCAGCAUCAUCCGUCAUCUAUUGUCCCAGCUCAAACUUGGAAUGGAUCUCACUAAGGUGGCGCUCCCGACAUUCAUCCUAGAGAAGCGCUCUCUGCUAGAGAUGUAUGCCAAUUUCAUGGCUCACCCUGACAUGUUCCUCUCAAUCACCACCGGAACUACGUCAGAGGAGCGCAUCAUCCGCUUUGUUGAGUACUAUCUUACUGCCUUCCAUGAGGGCCGAAAGGGCGCUGUGGCCAAAAAGCCCUACAACCCCAUCCUGGGUGAGACUUUCCACUGUACUUGGUGUGUGCCUCGGGAGUGUGUUCGAUCCCUCAGAGCCACCAACUCCACGGCUCCCAAAUCAGCGGCUGCCUUCACAUCUCCAACUUCAAACUACUCAGAGAGUUGCAGUGGGUUCAAAUCCGACUGUUACCAGGUUCGCUUUGUGGCAGAGCAGGUGUCUCACCACCCGCCUAUAUCAGGCUUUUACUACGAGUGCAAGGAGAAGAGGAUGUGUGUUAAUACUCAUGUAUGGACCAAGAGCAAGUUCUUGGGCAUGUCUGUUGGAGUCUCAAUGGUUGGAGAAGGUGUACUGCAUCUGUUAGAGCACAAUGAAGACUAUGUGUUCACGCUUCCUUGUGCCUACGCCCGCUCCAUUCUGGCUGUGCCUUGGGUGGAGCUGGGGGGAAAGGUUACAAUCAGUUGUGCCAAAACUGGAUACUCAGCGACAGUCACGUUCCACACCAAACCUUUCUAUGGAGGAAAAGUUCACAGAGUAACUGCUGAAGUUAAACACAACCAGACAGGAAACGUCGUGUGCAAAGUCCAAGGCGAAUGGAAUGGUGUGCUGGAGUUUACCUACAGUAAUGGAGAAAGCAAAGUGAUUGAUACCUCCAAGCUGCCUGUCAUCAAAAAGAAGAUCAGGCCAAUAGAGAAGCAGGAGCAGAAUGAAUCACGGCGCCUUUGGCAGCAUGUAACAGCCUCUCUGAGGGCAGGAAGAAUGGAUGACGCUGCAGAACACAAACAUCGACUUGAGGAGAGGCAACGCAUCGAGAGCAAACAGAGAUCUGCCACCAAAACUCCUUGGACGCCCAAGCAUUUUAUCAAAGAGGGUGACGGUUGGGUGUACCACAACCCACUGGGGAAAGUUCAUUGACCAGAAGCCAUGGAAGCAAUUCUCUGUCCCGGGUCACAAGUGGAAUAAUCGAAGCAGUGCAACCCGCCAUCAACCACAAAGAGAAAUAGGACACCAAAGGCUUUCAGAAUAAAUUGAGUCUUUCAUACUGUUGAGAUGACUGUAUUCAGAGGAUCAGUGUCAAUCGGUGAAAUGAGACCACGUGAGAGACCAUAAGUCUAUCUUGUUCAAAAUAACACCGGUGCAUUUAACUCGCGAUAUAAUGUGGUGUCUACAGCACUGCAUAUUGUAUGUAGAAUUUUUUUAUGGUUUCAUGUUGAAGUGCUUGUAAUUAAGAAGUAACCCACACUGCUCUUUUGAUUCCACUCAAUUUAUCCUCUGGUGGAUUUAAUUAAGUUUCCUCUGAUGAAA